AUGUCUGUAAAUUACAGAAGGCUGAGCUUUAUCCUCUUUGCAAUACUUUUAAGCUGAGCAAACAUCACCUGUGAUAUCCUUUAUGCUUGAAGAAUGCAAGGCGCUCCUCUAAAUGACUGUUUAAUUGCUUUUCUAGCUAUCCAGCCUUCAAUUUAUUUAGUUUACUACUGGCUCUAUGUAACAAUUCCUAUCAUCUGUAACGAAAUGUCUCUUCCAAUAUAUGGAAUCAUCAUUUCCUAUCUUUUCCAAGGCCCAAUUUUUGCAUUAAUUGCAGAGUUCAAGCUGAUGCUCACAAAAGCUUAUCCUAAAUACAAUGAAUAAAGCACUAUUAAUAGUCAUUAUCCUAUUUAUUAUUAAAAAUAAAAUAAUGGCAACCUGUAUAAAUUUUUAUAUUCACUAUAAUUAGGUAUAUUAUCUUACACUUGUAGCAGGGCCUGAGUCAUAUGGUGACAGAAUAAAACAAGACUUUCUAUCACACUUGAUUGUCCACGCGCUAUUUCAAAGUGUUCCUAUGGGGAUUUUGCAAAUAGUUACAAAUAUUGAUCAAGGCGUAUGAGAUGAAAUUACUAUAGUGAGCCCGAUAAUUUCUUUAUUGAUGGCAGCUACAGGAUUUUUUAGCUUGACUGUUUUUAUGAAAAUGAACACAGGCGGGCUAGAAUGGAUACAAAAGAAGAAGAAAACAACAGGUGUAUAUACUUUAUCACCGCUAGACGCUGAUCUAACUAUUUAA